UGGGAGUGUCUUGAGUCUGGUAGUGUGCGUGUCUAAGUGUGGGAGUGUGUGUGUUUGUGAACAAGGUGUGUUUCUCUCUGAAGCCGCUCGUGAGAACAGAAUGAAUGGUGUCUGAAUAACAACUACAUCAGGUUAAUGAUGGUCCGUGUGUUCCUGAUAGAGCCAGUGGUUGGUUUCUAUGCCUUCUCCAUGUUCAUGCUGUACCCCCUGAUCCAGCAGUAUGUCUACAGGAGGCUGUGGCAGCAGCUCACCGGUGCCCCCUACCCUACACAGAUGAACUACACCCACUGCUCUGACAGCAGCACCAAUGUCAGCUCCAUUCACCAGGAGAUCCAGAAGGAGACAUCUCUGUUUCUCUUCUACAGUGAGCUGUGUUUCCUCUUCCCUAGUCUCCUCUCCUCCCUACUCCUGGUCUCCUACAGCGACCACCGCGGCAGGAAGGUGUCGAAGCUGGGUGGUAUGUCCAUCUUCAUCCUGUAUGAGCUGAAUGCUCCUCUGUGUUGGAGUGAGGUGUUGGUUGGCUAUGGUUCAGCCUUGUCUACACUCAUCUACCUGGGGAGCUUUGCAGGGGUGUCCCUGCUGUCGCUGUCUUCGGGACGGGUAUAUAGUACUACUGGGACUGCUGUCUGUCGCUGCAGGACUACUGAUGGCAGCCUUCGCCAAGAGCACGUUGCUCAUGUUCCUAGUGCGGCUGCCUCUCCUUCUCUCCAUCAUGCCUGCUCCUGUUCUGAGGUCCAUGAUGUCCAAGAUAGUACUCCGCUCUGAACAGGGUGCAGUGUUUGCCUGUGUUGCAUUCGUGGAGAUGCUGAGUAUAGGUGUUGGGAUCACCAUGUUCAGCAGUACCUACGCCUCCACUGUCUCCUGGUUCCCUGGAUUCAGCUUCCUGCUGGCCUCAGCCAUCGCACUCAUACCGGCUGUUCUGAUUGGGGUGGUAAUGUGUCUGCGACUGGACAAGGAUGAAGAGGCCAGUCGACUAACAGCUGAUGAUGAUGAGGAGGAGACAGAGAGCUGUGGACAGUCACUACAGCUACCACACUGAGCUACCACACUGAGCUACCACACUGUGUGAGCUACCACACUGAGCUACCACACUGAGCUACCACACUGAGUGAUUUACCACGCUGUGUGAGCUACCACACUGAGCUACCACACUGUG